AUGGCCGACAAACUGUUGGGUUACGAGGAGGCAGAUAUACCACGCAAUUGGAAGCUCUCCGUCUCCGAGAGCGGCUGGACGAACAACGCGCUUGGCCUUGAGUGGCUGAAGCACUUCGACGCGCAUACAAAGGCGAGCCAGGUGGGGGCGUACAGGCUGCUUAUUUUGGACGGCCAUGAGAGCCACCUUAACUAG